AUGGCGAGGAAUGUGGGUUUGUCAGCACUUAUUGUGCAUAAAGAAGAAAGGGGAGUGAUUAGUGGGAUAAGGAUUUAUGAUGGUGCUUCUAGUGUUCAUCAUUUGUUGUUUGCCGAUGAUAGUUUUUUGUUUGGUAAGGCGAAGUUGGAAAAGUGUGCAGAGGUUCAACAUAUUCUGGAUCUGUUUUCCCAAGCAUCAGGUCAAGAAAUAAAUUUGGGUAAAAGUAGCAUUGCUUUCAGUGCUAACGUGAGGGGUCAUGUGCAGCAAGGGUUGGCAAAUUUUUUGGGUGUUCAAUUGGUGGAGCGACAUGAGAUAUAUUUGGGCCUGCCUACGUUUGUGGGUAAGAACAAACGGCAAACUUUUGCUUAUAUUAAGGAGAGAGUUCAUAAAAGGCUAUGUGGGUGGAAGGGGAAGUGUUUAAGCGGAGCAGGACGGGAGUUGCUUGUGAAGGUGGUGGCUCAGUGGGGUAGUGAUCCUGACUCAAGGAAAAUUCAUUGGAAGUCGUGGGAUAAGUUGUGUUUGGCUAAACCGGAAGGGGGUAUGGGGUUCCGGAACCUUUAUGCCUUUAAUCUGGCGGUGUUGGCGAAACAGGGAUGGCGUAUUCUCCAGGAUCCUGAGUCUUUGACGACAAGCAUACUCAAAGCUAGAAUUGUCUUGGAGAAGUUGUCCAGAUGGUUGAUUGGUGAUGGGGCGUCAGUACGUGUAUGGAAAGAUCAGUGGAGAAGGAUAUGGAGCAUAUUCGUGCUGUACCAAUUAGCCAUCGUUUACCUCCGGACAAGCUUGUAUGACAUUACACUGAUAGAGGACAAUUCACGGUUAAAAGUGUUUAUGAGGGUUGCUUGGGAUUAUGUUAAACCACCUUCUUUGAGUGCUUCUUCUUCAGCUCUUGGUGGUAAUUCAUUUACUCCGUUAUGGAAGGCAAUAUGGCAGGCCGGAGUCCCGCCGAAGAAUAAAGUGGGUGGGGUGGGGGUGGUUCUUCGAGACGGGCAGGGACAUUUUCUGGCUGCAGCGGCAUCUUUUCUCCCUACGGUGACGUCUGCUCUCCAAGCAGAAAUGUUAGCUAUUAAGCGUGGUGUGGAGCUCGCCCAUCAGCUUGGCUUUCAGAAGGUUCUAGUUCGAAGUGACUCCUCUCAAGCAAUUUCCAUCAUUCACACUUGUGUUGACUGUGCGUCAGCUAUGGAUUUGUUAGCGGGGGAUGUCCUACAUAUUGCAGAAGCUUUUACUGCUUCUAAGUUUAUUUCCGUUUCUAGGAAUAAUAAUAGUACUGCUCAUUGUUUGGCAAAGGUUGCAUUGUCUGUUGAGACAAGCAUAGUUUGGGUUGAGAAGCCUCCUAGUGUUAUUCAGGAUCUCCUUAUCCAAGAUAUUUUGUAA